UGUCCUCCAAACCAAAACUACAACUAAAGUAAGGUUCAGUUAGGGUUGGUGUCCCACGGUAACCAAACUCCAUCGUCGUCGUCCUCAACUCACGUUUCAAAACUCCAAACCCAAUUCCUUAUCUCCACCUAAAACUUACCAAACCCCUUUUCAUUUUAUUUUAUUUUAUUUUAUUUUUUUUGUUUUUCAAAAAGUCGUUAAAAAUCACUCCUAUCCAUGUAUUUAAACCACCACCUCCUCCCACCCAACUACAUUUCCCACACUAUUAACCCCCCACAAAGCCCCCCAAAAAAAAAAAAAAAAAAAAUGCUUCCUUCCCUCUUCGCUUCCACUCUCUCCUGCCUCCGCCUCACCACGCGCUCCCCAAUCCUCAUCUACGCCGCGGCGUGGACCGCUCUCCUCACUCUCACCGUCGCCGUCGCCUCCUUCUCCUCCGAGGUCGCUUUUGUUUCGGCCAUUUCGUCUUCUUCGCUGUUCUCGCGCGUUUGCGACACGGACAACUACAUUAGAGUUCCGAUGGAUGUGCCAGGAGAGAUUUUCUGCUUGCCAGCCCAGCGUUUCUUCAAGUCCAACAUUGAUUUUAUUGUUCCCCCGGUUUUUGCGGCGGUUAUUGUGGCCGGCUCCGCCUUUGUGGUUCGGGCCGUGGCCUUGUGGGAGGAUGAUGAUGAUGAGCAUAUUCAUGGGCUCCAUUGACUUUGGGCCCAUUGCUUCUCAUAAAAGAAAGUGUUUAUUAUUAUUUUAUUUCAUUUUUUGAUGAGUGUUUAUAAUU